CUCUUUAUUCAUCUCUCUCUCUCCUCUCAAAACUCCUCUCUUCCAACCCUCUCUCUCUCUCUCUGGAAAAAUCAAUACCAGAUUCUUCCUGCUUCAAAUUUUCUUUUUAAAUUUUUUGAUUUUUUAAUUUUCUUUUAUUUUUUCAGGGGAAAUAUUAUUUACUAUUUGUUAUUAUUAGUAGUAGUUUUACUUUAGAGGUUUUUGUGUUUUUUCAAUUUUCUGGAUUAGAUUUAAGUGCUCUGUUGCUGACGUGGCAUGCAUCGAUACGUCAAAAAUGAAUACCAAAACAAUGCGUCUCCCUCCUCGUCGUGUUUUAACAUCAAAUAAACGGAAGGAGAGAGAGUGUUUUGAUUCUCUGAAACCGUUUCCACCACCAACAAAAUUAGCCAAGCCGAGCAUACCACAAGUCGGCUCGGAAAAACUACCUGAUCCGGUGUCGUCUAAUCAGCUCUUAGCCGGGUAUUUGGCUCACGAAUAUCUAACCAAGGGAACACUGUUUGGUCAACCGUGGGACCCGGCUGGAGCUGAAGCUGUAGCUGGGGAGCCGAAAAAGGUUAAGCCGAGCCAGAAAGCUAAAGAGGAAGAAGCCGAGCCGAAUAAAGAAAAUUAUCAAAGGUACGUUGAGGUAUCAAGUUUGUUGAAAGCGGAGGGGGCCCACUUACCUGGCGUUGUCAACCCAAGCCAGCUCUCUCGCUUCUUGCAGAUGCGAAUGUGCUAGGGCCCGAGGGUGGUCCCUUGACACGUGGAGCAAAUCCAUUGGGUAUGCUACACUAGAAGCUUUUUUCUGGGGGAUUUUUAUUUUUCCGUUUUAUUUUAAUUUUUAAAAAUUUAAAAAAAAAAAAAGAAAGAAGAGGAGAGAUGGUCGGUUGUAGAUCUGAUAUUGAGUUUCAAUUUCAGUAUAUAUUUUAUUUCAUGAUUAAAA